AGUGACAUAUUUAUCAUCAAUAGCGCCAUGAUGAGUAUGAGGUGAACAGCGGCGAAUUUGGCUGUGUGAAGAAAAUUCAUAACAUUAGUAGUUUAUGUUUCGUCUUGCCUCAAUCAGAUAGCCAGGCAAAUUAUGGAAAAGCGGUCACCUGGCCGUGACACCAAAGAUAACAUGCACGUAAAGUUUAACAACAAAGAUGACGUGGUGGAGAGGAAGAAGAAGUAUCUGACAGCCAAGUACGGACAGCAUCAGAUGGCUCUCAUUCGGAAGCGACUCGAAGUCGAGACAUGGUUAUUUGACAGUUUACAAUAUCUCUACUCAAGCGAUGGCUCUCAGGAUACGGGAGAUGAAGUUGAUUUAGAUUUGGACAUCAUGCUUGACAUUGAAGAUGAGUCAGAAAGACGCCAUUUUCUAGAGAAACUUCUGGUCGAUGCGAAGCGGCCGCGCCAGGAUGUAAACAAAUUCAUCGUCGACUGCCUAGCGAAGGCAAAGACGUUGUAGGGCUUCACACGAGAGGGCGCCAGCGCUGCGGCUGGUCGACAGCGAGUGCAAUCCGGAUUACAUACUCACAAAGAAUUGCAGUGUCAGACGGUGGGAUAUUUCAGCAGGCACAGUCGCGUGUGUGUUAUCAGUGGGAGUUAUAGUGCAAACCUGUCUAUCAUAAUAUUGAUCUACGUGAGUGCGUUUGCUGUGUCUAUAAGCUCCUGUUAUAAGUGUACACACGCGCGCGCGCCGGUAGAGGAGUCCCUGUCCAUCCUAGCCGCUCGGGACAACCCUCGAGAUCUCAAUCAACACCAAAAA